AUGGAUGAUCAAGGCAGAAGAAGAGGAGCGGGUCAAGGAGGGAGAGAGGAGCGGGUCAAGGAGAGAGAGCGGAGUGGGUCAAGGAGAGAGAGAGAGGAGCGGGUCAAGGAGGGAGAGAGGAGCGGAAAAGGAGGGAGAGAGGAGCGGGUCGAGGGGGGAGAGAGGAGCGGGUCGAGGGGGGAGAGAGGAGCGGGUCGAGGAGGGAGAGAGGAGCGGGUCGAGGAGGGAGAGAGGAGCGGGUCGAGGAGGGAGAGAGGAGCGGGUCGAGGAGGGAGAGAGGAGCGGGUCGAGGAGGGAGAGAGGAGCGGGUCGAGGAGGGAGAGAGGAGCGGGUCGAGGAGGGAGAGAGGAGCGGGUCAAAGGAGGGAGAGAGGAGCGGGUCGAGGAGGGAGAGAGCAGCGGGUCGAGGAGGGAGAGAGCAGCGGGUCGAGGAGGGAGAGAGGAGCAGGUCAAGGAGGGAGAGAGGAGCGGGUCAAGGAGGGAGAGAGGAGCGGGUCGAGGAGGGAGAGAGGAGCGGGUCGAGGAAGGAGAGAGGAGCGGGUCGAGGAGGGAGAGAGGAGCAGGUCGAGGAGGGAGAGAGGAGCGGGUCAAAGGAGGGAGAGAGGAGCGGGUCGAGGAGGGAGAGAGCAGCGGGUCGAGGAGGGAGAGAGGAGCAGGUCGAGGAGGGAGAGAGGAUCGGGUCGAGGAGAGAGAGAGGAUCGGGUCAAGGAGGGAGAGAGGAGCGGGUCAAGGAGGGAGAGAGGAGCGGGUCAAGGAAGGAGAGAGGAGCGGGUCGAGAAGGGAGAGAGGAGCGGGUCGAGGAGGGAGAGAGGAGCGGGUCAAAGGAGGGAGAGAGGAGCGGGUCAAAGGAGGGAGAGAGGAGCGGGUCGAGGAGGGAGAGAGGAGCGGGUCGAGGAGGGAGAGAGGAGCAGGUCAAGGAAGGAGAGAGGAGCGGGUCGAGGAGGGAGAGAGGAGCUGGUCAAAGGAGGGAGAGAGGAGCGGGUCAAGGAAGGAGAGAGGAGCGGGUCGAGGAGGGAGAGAGGAGCUGGUCAAAGGAGGGAGAGAGCAGCGGGUCGAGGAGGGAGAGAGGAGCGGGUCGAGGAGGGAGAGAGGAGCGGGUCGAGGAGGGAGAGAGGAGCAGGUCAAGGAGGGAGAGAGGAGCAGGUCAAGGAGGGAGAGAGGAGCGGGUCGAGGAGGGAGAGAUGAGCGGGUCAAGGAGGGAGAGAGGAGCAGGUCGAGGAGGGAGAGAGGAGCGGGUCGAGGAGGGAGAGACGAGCGGGUCGAGGAGGGAGAGAGGAGCGGGUCGAGGAGGGAGAGAGGAGCGGGUCGAGGAGGGAGAGAGGAGCGGGUCGAGGAGGGAGAGAGGAGCGGGUCAAGGAGGGAGAGAGGAGCGGGUCAAAGAGGGACAGAGGAGCGGGUCGAGGAUGGAGAGAGGAGCGGGUCGAGGAGGGAGAGAGGAGCGGGUCGAGGAGGGAGAGAGGAGCGGGUCAAGGAGGGAGAGAGGAGCGGGUCAAGGAGGGAGAAACGAGCGGGUCAAGGAGGGAGAGAGGAGCGGGUCAAGGAGGGAGAGAGGAGCGGGUCAAAGAGGGAGAGAGGAGCGGGUCGAGGAGGGACAGAGGAGCGGGUCAAGGGGAGAGAGGAGCGGGUCAAGGAGGGAGAAACGAGCGGGUCAAGGAGGGAGAGAGGAGCGGGUCAAGGAGGGAGAGAGGAACAGGUCAAGGAGGGAGAGAGGAGCGGGUCAAGGAGGGAGAGAGGAGCGGGUCAAAGAGGGAGAGAGGAGCGGGUCGAGGAGGGAGAGAGGAGCGGGUCAAGGGGAGAGAGGAGCGGGUCAAAGAGGGAGAGAGGAGCGGGUCGAGGAGGGAGAGAGGAGCGGGUCAAGGGGAGAGAGGAGCGGGUCAAGGAGGGAGAAACGAGCGGGUCAAGGAGGGAGAGAGGAACAGGUCAAGGAGGGAGAGAGGAGCGGGUCAAGGAUAUCAUUUCUGAUAUUACAUUUUAA